GCCGCGUCGCGGCCACUCGAGGGCCUCGAGAUCUCUUCCCUGCGCCCCUUCUGGACGUGCCGCCGCCGCUGGCGGCCGCCUCGGCGGGGGCCGCGAGGGCGAGGCGCAGAGAGCAGCUGGAGAUCGGCGUGGCGAAUGAGGCGAUCAGUGCACUUAAUUGGCUGGCAGGGCAUCGAGCGGGCGAGAGGCCCUUCCCACGGAUGAUGCCCAGUUGCUUCUUCAUGAGCGAGGCGUCGGGCCGGCGCCCGGACUUCGCCCCCUCAGCGACGGCGGCCCUCGAGCGGAUGCUGCGCGGCCACUCGCCGCGUGAGGCGGGGGUGGCCACCACUCGUGUCGCGUCCUUCAAGCUCGACCGCAUUUCCUUGCCAGAGUCCGUCCGGAGCUGCCCUUACGCUGAUGAGGUAGCCCCACAGGAGGUCGCUAAAUACUUGUUAGUGUAUCAAGAGGGCAUGCUGGGGCAAGAUGACACCUUGCCCAAGAUCGAGCCGCACCUGGACCCCGAAUUAAAGUUUCACCAGAAGGAAUACCAACGUCUAGUUCGGAAGCUGUUCGACAUCGGCAAUGUCGACUGGGCUGCGAGCCCGAAGUGUCGGAUAGGGUUGUUCUGCGUUCUCAAGAGUGAUGGCAAGUCGCUCCGACUGAUCGUCGACGCUCGUCGUGUGAACGAGGUCAUUGUUGACCCACCUGGGGUGGGCCUGCUGACGGCCGAGGGCUUCAGCCGAGGCGAGGUGGUGCUGCCGGCCGGCAUGGCGCCACAGAGCCCGGAGGCGGUGGAGUACCUCAGCAAGCUCAAGCUCGCGGUCCCAUGUCUGAAGCUGAGGCCCGAGAUGUCCGCGCACUUCGGGCUGCCCGCGGUCCCUGCGCACGUCUUCGGAACCUCGCCGGCGUAUCCAGUGCGGGCUGUGCUGCCGACGGGUUUCACCUGGAGUCUCUGGUUUGCCCAGCGCAUAAACGAGCUGCAGACCUUGCGAGGCGGGCGCUACGAGGUCGGGGAGGCCAUCUCGGCUUUGCAGCGCCACUUCGUCGAGCUGAGAUUGGUGCUGCACGAGCCCGCGGCGACCGACGAGACGCGCAAGACGCUGGGCGUCGAGCUGCUGGGCGGGGGCCUCCGAUCGCGAGUGACCUCGGAGCGAUGGUGGCUGAUCCGCCGUGCCAUCGAAGCUCUCCUACGACGCCCGAAGUGCUCGGGCUGGGCACUGGAGGUGGUGGUCGGCCACUGCACCUUCGCCGGCCUCGCCAACCGAGGAUGUCUCUCGGUGUGGCAGACGGUGUACGCUGUCACGCACAAGUAUCGCGACGGGGCCGGCUACCUGUGGGACGAGUGCCUGCAGGAGCUUCGUGCGUUCAAGGGACUCAUGCUGUUCCUGGAGAGCGACUGGGCGCGGCCGUGGAACCCGAUGGUCUUCGAGACUGAUAGCUCCGUCGAGGGGAUGGGCAUCGCCAAGGCCAUGCGGGGCCCGGAGGAUGUCUCUGCCGUGGGCCGGGUGCUGGAGCGCUCGCGCUUCGAGCGGUCUGGUGGCUGCGGAGCCCGCGAGUCUGCCCUGGAGGCCGCGGGCUUCUGGCGUGACCCGUCGGGCAAGUGGCAAGUGUCCGACUCGGACGCAGACCCGGGAACCGAGGGCGCUUGGACGCUAGACUCUAGUUUGAACGAGGCGAGAGACACGCCUGACCCGAGAAGACGCCCAUGGGAGCCUGGUCUCGCGCCUGAUCCCGCGGUCCGCGCGGGGGGCGAGCUGGGCCCGCCAGCUCUGCGACCGUCCGCUGCAGGGCGCAAGCGGAAGCAGAUAGACGCGGGCGGCUGCAACGAAGUCGACGACAGCGGCAGCGCCGCGAGCGAGCAGAGCGGAGGCAAGCGCGCCGUUCCGAGGCGGGCGGUGGCGCUGAGGAAGAAGGCUCGCCAGCGGCGGUCGAAGUUCCCCUCGGAGGCGGUGGCCAGUGCCAUGGGCGAGGGGCUCAGUUUCCUAAAGGCCAGCAGCGCCACGAAGCCGGUGCGGGAGCGGUGCGAGAGGGAGGUGGUGGAGCUCAUCGACUACUGCGACCGCCCCCCGGCCUUGGCGCUGAGGUCAUCCACCCAAGUGGACAAGGCGCUCUCCCAGCAUUUCAACUACCAGUUUUUCCAGGGCCACGAGGCGGCCAAGGGAGAGCAGGCCUUAGCUGGCCUCAUGUACUCGAGGCCGGAGUUCGGCAAGUGGGGCCCCCAGAAGCUGCCGAAUGCUUGGCGAGCGCUGCGAGGCUGGCGCAAGCGGGCGCCCGCUCGCAGCCGCCGGGCGCGGGCCUUGGGAGUCUGGGCCGCCCGGGCGCGGCGCCUAGACGCGACCCGAGGGCUGCUGAUGUGCGUGUUCCUCUUGCUCUCGCUCAGUGCGCACUGUCGCCCCGGGGGGCUCAUGGGGUUGAGGAGGAGGGGGCUCAUCAGGCCCACGCCCGGCGUCUCCAAGAACUGGAGCAUCCUCUCCUUCCCCAAGGACCGCAUCGAGAGGUCGAAGACGGGCCUGGCGGACGCGCGCAUUGCCCUCGACAGCAAGUGGGCGCAGAGCCUGACUCCGCCAUGGCCGCCGCUGAUCAAGUGCGAUGCCGACGGCCUCGUGUUCACAUUCGAGUAUCCCGCCUACAUGUGUGCCUUCCAGAGCAGCGUGAAGGAGCUGGGCGUAGGGGGCAGGGUCAUCCCUUACCAGACGCGCCACGGCGGCCCCUCCAUAGAUGCGCCGAGGUGCUGGCGCACGGCGGAGGAGGUCCUGCGCCGGGGGCAAUGGAAGCAAAUCAGAUCAACGAUCCGCUACGAGAAGGGGGCCAGGCUAGGAGAGAGCUGGGCCAGACUCCACCCGGGGCUUCAGAUCGUCUGCGAGCUGUGCGAAAGACAUCUCGCGGACGUCGUGCUGGGCUGCCCCCGGCUCGAGCCCCAGGACCCGGCAGCCGACGGGGCGAUCCAGGCGGUGAACGAGCUUCUCGGCACGCACGAGCUCGACGAGGCCAUGGAGAAGGCGCAGGAGGCCGUCGUCGUCGGGCAGCAGGCAAAGGAUAAGGUCACGGAGGCCGUGGCUCUCCUGCUGGUCGCUCAGGUGCAGCUUGCCUCCGAGGAUCUGGACGAGGCGAUGCAGACGGCGAAGUCUGCAAAGAUGAAGUUCAUGACGAGGGGUAUCGAGGCUGGUGAGGGGAUCGCUCAAGGCUUGAUUGCCGACGUCCAGUUCAAAGCCUUGCACAACAUCUACGACCCCGGUGCCCACAAGUCUGCGGUCAGAAACACCGCCGGUGCGUACAAACAGGCAAUCGACCUGAUGCACCAGGCUGGUGUGAAAACGAACGCCCUGGCGAACGCGCAGACUAGCCUGGCGGCCCUGUCCCUGUCGACGAAGGACGCGAAGACAGCCAUCCCCGCCGCGAAGGAGGCCCUUGACAUCUACCAGGAGCUUGGAGACGAUGCUGGCAGUGCGGAGGCCGCGCUGGUGCUCGCAGAGGCUCAUGUGCUCGCGGGCAUCUCCGAAGACUACAUCCGGCAGCAGCUGAUUCUGCCGCCAGCGACGGCGCAUGCGGCUGCAGCUGGCAAGUGUGCGGAGAUGGCGCGCGGCUUCUUCGAGGUGCUGGAGGACUGGGAUAAGUACGAGAGGGCGCAGGCGAUUCUGGACAUGGAGAAGGUCCAGACGAAUGCGAAGUUCCGCGAGGUCCAGUUCGUCUACGAUACGUGGGCCUUGCAAAGUACUGUGAAGUAG